CUGGCAACAUACUUAUAAGCACACGUCUAUACGAAUAAAGCUAUCUUGCUGAACAAAAUACAAACACUAAAUCAGAAACGAACGGGUCGGGUCCUCAGAUAAGUUUUGUGUGUGUUUAAAUUAUAAUUCCAAAAACAAAAUUCCACAAUGAGUUACUCCUGGGAUAACCGCGUCGACUUUGUUGUUCGAUAUAUGUACGAUAUCGACAAUAAUGGCUACCUCGACCAAAACGAUUUCCAAUGUAUGGCUGUCCGGGCAUGUGUUGUUGAGGGCAAGGGCGACUGCAGCACCGGCCGUUUGGAUGAAUACCGUAAAUUGAUGAAAAAUUUGUGGGAUGAAAUAUCAGAAAUUGCUGAUGAUGACAAGGAUGGUAAAAUUUCAAACAAAGAGUUCAAGGAUGCUGUAAAGAAAACCUGUGUAGGAAAGAAAUACGAUGAUUUCCCUCAGGCUAUGAGAGCAUUUAUUGAAGCUAACUUUAAGGUGCUUGACAUCAAUAACGAUGGCAUCGUUGGAAUUGAAGAAUACCGGUACAACUGCAUAUCGAGAAUAGCUAUCGAUGAUAUUACACCAGUGGACAAAUCAUUUGAUGCAAUGUUAAAUGAUGAUGAUAAGAAAAAGGGUGGUCUAUCUCUUGAUCGUUAUAAGGAACUCUAUGCGCAGUUCUUAGGUAACACUGCCGAGAACCAUCCAGCUGUCAACUUGUUUGGGCCUCUAUAAAUUUUUCUAAAUUGUAUUUUAAAAAGUUCAUCGUCUUCGCUGUUGUUCAACAAAUUA